AUGUGGAUUGAAUUGUCUGAUGGAAAAGAAAACGAUUGGGAUACAUCUUUUAAAAUAUGUCAAAGAGCUUUUCAAAAUGAUUCGUUCUAUAUGUAUACUCAUCCAGAUGCGGAAAUACGACGGAAAUUUUUAGCGGUGUACUACAAUGACACAUAUCUUGGACAUUUGAAAGAGGGUUAUGGAUUGUUAUCUUUACUUAAAGUGAAAGAAGGCAAUGAAAUAAAAAUAAUUGGUGCGAUAGCUGGUUCAUACAUUUCAGGAAAAGAACUCAGCAAAGAAGACGAUGAUCGCUUGUCUCAGAUCGAUAAGGAAAGUUGGGAAAGGUAUAAAAGGCACGCGGAAUGGGAGGAACAAUCAUACGAAAACGAAUUCGGAGAAUUGGGUGAAAAAUUAGGGGUUACUGUUAUUUAUGGAAUUUUUCACGCUAUUGCUGACGGAUAUAGAGGAAAAGGAAUAGGAUCAAAAUUUUUACUGAAAGCAAUGCAAAUGCAAAGUGAUGAAGUAAUGAGACGCGAAAAAUUAGCAGGAAUACCUAAUUCAAAAAUGCCUUUUUCCUACGCUAUUUCUGACCAUCCAAAAUCUAGAAACUUUUGUAAGAAGAUCGGCAUGAUUGAAUUGGCUCAAGUGAGAUCUUACCAACCAGCUGAUUUGUGCAAAGAGCUUUCGUAUAUGUGGAUUUUUGUUCUUCCAUCUUUGCCUUUAAGUUAUAUCAAUGCUGCCAAAAAAAUUUUUGUUCUGCCAGCAAACCUGUGA